GCGCGCCAAUGAUUUGCUCCGCGCCAAAUUUUGUUAGUAAACAUGGCGAAGUUGCUUGAGUGCAUCAAAGAAUUGUAUGGGACGAGCAAUCUUUACGAGGUACUUGGCGUAAAGUCAAAUGCAUCAGUAGCUAAUUUGAAAAAAGCAUACUACAAAAUAUCUUUGCAAGUCCAUCCAGAUAGAGUAACCGAGGAAGAGAAACAAACGGCCACCCGAAAAUUCCAAUCUUUAAGUCAGGUCUUCGCAAUUCUUUCAAAUUCAGAUAAAAGGGCUUUGUACGACGAGUCUGGUGAGAUCGAUGAAGAGUUUGGACUAGUACAAGAAAACAGGAACUGGGACUCGUAUUGGCGUAUUUUGUUCAAAAAGAUUACUAUUGCAGAUAUUGAAGAAUUUGAAUCGAAGUAUCGGUUUUCUGAAGAAGAAACUGCAGACCUUCUUACAGCAUACGAUGAAUGCGAAGGAGAUAUGGACAUGAUAUUAGAAAGGGUUCCUUGCUGCAAUGAAGAAGAUGAUGUGCGAUUCAAGGAAAUUAUAAAUGAAAGGAUAAAGGCAGGAGAAGUCAAAAUGUAUGAUGCUUUCGAUAAUGAUGAUCACAAAAACCAAAAGAAGAGAAGAAAGAAAGCAAAAAAAGAGGCAGAGGAAGCAGCUGAGGCAGCAAAAGAAGUUGGUCUUGGUAACAGCGAGGAUGACCUAACAAAGAUGAUAAUGCAAAGGCAGCAAGUCCGGGAGAAUGAAGCAAACAAUUUUUUCAAACAUUUGGAAGCAAAGUAUAGCAAGCCAAAGGCAAAAGCCUCUGGAGGGAAAGGGAAAAAGAAACAAUCAAAAACUGCUAAAAAAUGAUUGGCAUGUAGGAAGAUCUACUUGAAAUUUAAAUUCACAUGACAUAACAUACUAACUUCAAAUACAUGAUGUUCCUUGUAAUGUUCACUGUUCAUUGAUGUCAUUGAGAUUGUGUCAGUACCAUAAAAUGGUUUAUUCUGGGCAUGUGUAAUAUUUUGUUGUGAAGACCAAAUUUCGUUUGUUAAUGUAUCAUACAACAGGACGCAUAAGUGACACUCUCAAGCCACAGCCUAUAUGUAAGCAUUCAAUUUUUUUUAAUUUUCUGUUUCUGCGAUUUUCCUUUGUAAUUGAAAAGGUAUUAUUUCUAUUAUUUGAAAUUUUGAAAUGAAA